AUGAUCGAGACAGAAAAUCGCCCUAUUCUCCCAGCUCCCUCUUGCGACGAGGCCCCAAGGGAGACGCCUCCAGGACUGAAUCCUGUUGAUGCUCCUGAUGUCGAGGUCGCGGCCACACCGCUCCCCAAAUUACAGCUCUUCAUCCUGCUUUACCUCCAGCUCGCCGAGCCAAUCACCUCGACGGUCAUCUACCCAUUCGUCAACCAACUCGUGCGCGAGACCGGCAUCACCGGCGGCGACGAGCGCAAAACCGGCUACUUCGCCGGGCUCAUCGAAUCGUGCUUCUACGCAGUAGAGGCCGUCUGCGUGCUGCAAUGGGGCCGCGCGUCAGACCACAUCGGGCGCAAGCCCGUGCUGCUCGGGGGCCUGCUCGGGCUCACGCUGUCGAUGCUCGGGUUCGGCGUGUCGCGCGCGUACUGGGCGCUCGUCCUCAGCCGCUGCGCGGAGGGCGCGCUGAACGGGAACAUCGGCGUCACGAAGAGCAUGAUGGCGGAGAUCACGGACCACACGAACCGCGUGCAGGCGUUCGCGUUCUUCCCGAUGUCGUGGCAGGUUGGGGGGACGCUUGGGCCGAUCAUUGGGGGCGUGUUUGCGCGCCCGGCGGAUCGGUGGCCUGGUUUCCGGGAGUCUGCGUUUUGGAAGACUUAUCCGUAUUUCUUGCCUUGUGUGAUCGCGGCGAGCAUUUCGAUCAGCGCAUUCGUGCUGGCUGCGAUUGGCCUGAAGGAGACACUGCCUAGGCAGCCGCGGAAGAAACACGAUGUGCCGGCGCCGGCGCCGACAGAUAUCGAAAAGCUCAACGAAUCUACACCCGGCCAAUCGUCUACAAAAGCCGUCGAGAAAGAUCCUGCUGUGGCCGUAAACGAAGUCGCUGUUGCCGUCACGGACCGCGACGCUCCCGCCGUGGGCUUCCGCUCCAUCCUCGUCCCGCGCGUCCUCUGGGCUAUCCUGAACUACGCCUUCCUCACGCUCCUUGACCAGUCCAUUACCGUGCUCGUCCCGCUCAUGUACUCCACGAGCAUCGCGCUCGGCGGGCUCGGCUUCGCCCCGUUUACGAUUGGGCUCGUGCAAGGCGUUGGCGGGUGCGUCGGCGGGCUCAUCCAGAUCUUCACGUUCCCGUGGUUCCACCGCACGUUUGGCGCGCGGAAGUUGUAUAUCAACACGUACGUGAUGUACGUCAUGGUGUUUGCGUUGUUCCCGCUGGAGAGCUUUGUGACGAAGAGGGCGGGUGGCGUGGGCGCGGUGACAUGGGCGCUCGUGGUGCUGCAGUAUGCCGCGUACGUCGUGUCGUACAUGAGCUGGGGUUGCGUCUUUCUCGACAUCAGCGACGCGGCACCCAACCAGAGGGCGCUUGGGCUCACGAACGGCCUCGCUCAGACGACGUGUUCGAUCAUCCGCGCUAUUGGGCCGUCACUCGCAUCCUCGUUGUUCUCCGUGACGCUAGAACACCAUCUGGCUGGAGGGACACUUGGAUACUGGGUGCUAGUACAUUCAGAAAAUAGCAAGCCGCGCGAGCAUGGCCCGUUGAAGCAGUACAAGUAA